AUGGCGCAGUUGAACCGUAGAGCUUCCUUGGAUGACCUCGAGAACGAGGAAGACGGAGACGAGACAGUGGCAGAUUACGAGAUUCUCGCUAACUUGUCUAACAAGAUCGUGGUAAAGGAGUUUGAUAAUGGACCAUUUGUCAUUAACCAUAACGAUCUAACGGUUCAAAAUAUUUUGGUCGACGAUGAGUUCAACAUCACCGGUAUUCUCGAUUUCCCAGGCACUAUUGUGCCCUUGCCGUCACUCUGCAUCUUUCCAUGGCUGUUUAGCGACAAUAUCUGUGGACUGGUCACGGACCGCGACGCUUAUCUAAAUGUGUUCCUCAGACGAGACUGCCAGUAUCCUUCAUCCUCUCCGCAAUCGUAUGAGGUUCGAGAACACUUGAUGCAGUCUGCUCAAUGCCGUCAACAAUUCGAACUUGGGCUUCUUGGGCCAUACACAUCAAUAGUUCUUCCGGAAUUAUUUAAAGCACUGGACGGACGGCUGGUUGAUUUAGAUGUUGAACGACAGGAAAUUGUAAACACACUAGAUUGGUUUAAGCGACUUGUACCUCCUAGGCCUAAUGGUCUCUACACCUGGCAAAACUCACGCGCCUCCUAA